CGAACGCACACAGCGAGAGAGAGAGAGAGAGAGAGAGAGAGAGGAGGAGGAGGAGGAGGAGGAGGAGGGCGACAUGGCCACCAUUACAGUCCCCCACCCACUCCCAUCCCCAGAGGAGGACGCCAAGAAACUAAGGAAGGCCUUCCAAGGAUUCGGGACGGACGAGAACGCCAUCAUAGAGGUAUUGGGCCACCGGACCGCCGCCCAGCGAGCUGAGAUCGCCCGGACCUACGCUAGGCUCUACGGGGAAACCCUCGUCGAAGGCCUCCGCUCCGAGCUUUCUGGCGACUUCCUGAAUGCAGUGAUCUUAUGGGUAAUGGAUCCUGCAGAAAGGGAUGCCGAGUUGGCAAAUAAGGCACUGAAAAACAAGGGUGAUUGGCAUAUUUGGGAUAUUUGGCAUAUUUGGGUGAUCAUAGAGGUUGCAUGUGCUUCAGACCCGGAUCAUCUGAUGGCUGUUAGGAAGGCCUAUUGCUCCCGCUUCUCUUCUUCCCUUGAAGAAGAUGUUGCAUCCCGUUUUGCCCAUGAGCAGCCCCUCGGACAGUUGUUGGUGCGUCUUGUGAGCUCCUAUAGGUACACUGGUGAGCAUGUGAAUGAGGGCCUGGCACAAUCUGAGGCAGAGGAGCUAUAUGAUGCCAUCAGGAUUCCACACCAUGAGCGAGUGAUCCGCAUACUUAGUACAAGGAACAAAUCCCAACUGAAGUCAACUUUUAAUCAUUACAAGCAACAUUAUGGAAAAGCCAUUGAUGAGGAUAUUGAGAGCAGCGGUAGCAGCCAAUUCACAUCGAUGCUGAAGGUUGCUGUUCGCUGCAUAGGAUCCCCCGAAAAACACUUUGCAGAGGUGGUGAGAUCUUCAGUCCUAGGACUUGGAACAGAUGAGGACUCUCUUACAAGAGCUAUCGUCAGUCGAGCUGAAAUUGAUAUGAAGCAGAUCAAAGAGGAGUACAAGAAUAGAUACAAUACCACCCUGAAUGCUGAUGUUAUCGGUGACACCUCGGGGGAUUACAAGAAUUUCUUGCUUACCUUGGUGGGAAGUGCUGAUCCAUGACAUGCAGUGUUAGAUGAGUUUGUGUGUAAAAUUUAGAGAUUCAUUUAAAAUAAGAAAAGGUCAGGAUAGUUGGAUGAAAAUGUCUUUGUUUGGACAGUAUUGAGCCUGUGGUUUAUGUAUUAGACGGCAUAAACAUUGUCUAAAACACCUGGAGAAAUGUCACUUGUAUGUUUGUAGGGGAAAUUUAUUUCAUUUGUCAAAGAGAACAGGAGAAUAAUCAUAGGAAGGAAUAAGCAUAGGGGCUGAGCCCACAACUGCUAGAACAUUUCUCCUAAUAUGAGAGAACCAUCCACCAAUUCCCCCUUUGUGAUUAACUUAGCUAUCUUCUUUUCUA